CAAUUAGAGUGUCUAAUCUAGGUGCAUGUUUAUGCGAAUGUGAGGGGAAACUGGAGUUGAAGUAAAAAGUUUUGAUCCUCCACCCCAAACAAACGGCCUCGGUGUAUCAUUUACCCCGUUGCCUCCAAGUUCCCAUUAAAUACAGUGCACACAGCAGACUACACAUGGCAGCGUUAUUAUGUGCAGGUACCCUCUGGAGGGUUUAACCACCUGUGCCUUCCAUUUCUUUCUUUCUUUCUUUCUUAGCUUUCACCCACAUCUCACGGUUUUAAUCUGUGGAUGAAGUUUGCUCAGUUGUUACAUUUGUCCCCUUAUGUUACCUAAUCUGUGUGUUUAUAAACCUUGUCUAUUACAGUAACUGCAUUGCUUUCAGCAUUUUAUUAAUAGAAAUUGCAUCAGUGAGAUAUUAUUUUGCUCCCUUAUAAAGAUAUGUACACGAUGCUUUCCAAAAACUUUGAGUAAUGUUACAGGAAUCUUUGUCAGUCCAACUAGAACCCUUUUAGAAGGUUUGGCCUCAGUCUCUACAGUAAGCUUCCCACCUGUAAACUCCUUUCAAUACAAAGCCUGCUUUCAUUUUCAGACUGAAACCUGUUUGACAGCUCAUUUAACCCUAGUGUGCCGUGUGAACCAAGAGAGCUGCUUUCCUAAACGCUGUCACUCUCAUGUCAUUUCUAUGAACUUUAUUGCAAAACUGAUUGUUUCCCAUACACUAAAUGCAAAAAACUUACCAAAAAGUCCGUGCUGUCAGCAGAAUAUGUGUUUACCUCAGCAGUCUACUUGCCUGACCGGCAUGUGCAGUAUAGAGGAGCUAUCACAUGUAAAUCUGGGCAUUCCUAACUUCCCUGUGCUGACUAUAUCCUCUUCCAACUCGACAUAUAUAAGUGUGCUGCAGCUUCUUUCAUAAAUCAACACUCUCUAACAGCCUCAUACCUUUUUUAAAUGCUGAAUUAAGCUUUGAUUGCCUGGAAAUUGAGACGAAAACAUGUCCAACACCAGAUUUUCAACAUAUUUGUGUUUCUCUUUUGCCUGCUGCUUCUGUUGCAGCAAAGCUAUGCCAACUAAACUUAACCAAGAGGCUGUGAACGACAGACCUGUGAUUGGUAUUUUGGCUCAGACAGUUACAGAUGAAGUCCUGAAACCUUUCGGGAGGACCUUCAUACCUUCCUCCUAUGUGAAAUUCAUCGAGUCUGGGGGCAGCAGAGUGAUGCCUAUCAGGUUGACUCUUACUACUGCUGAAUAUAAAAAAAUCUUCGAGAAGAUAAAUGGCUUGCUCUUCAUUGGGGGAGCAGUAGAUUUGGAGACAUCAGACUUUGCCAGGGUGGCGAAGAUUUUUUACAGCCUCGCUCUGAAGGCCAAUGAUGAGGGUGACUUCUUCCCCAUCUGGGGUACAUGCAUGGGAAUGCAGCUACUGACUGUGCUGGUGGCUGGUGAAAAUCUGCUGGCUAACACCACAGCUGAGGACAUAGCACUGCCCCUCAACCUGACCACAGAGGCCGGCUCUAGUAGGAUGUUUGAGGGUUUUCCCAAUGAGCUCAUGAGAGCUUUGACCCAAGAACCUCUCACUGGCAAUUUUCACCACUAUGGACUCACAGUAGAGACCUUCCAGGAAAAUGAGAAGCUGCGGAGUUUCUUCUCCCUGCUGUCUACAAACGUUGCUGAGAACCAAGUCCACUUUGUCUCAACCAUAGAAGGUAAAAGAUACCCCUUCUAUGGAGUACAGUGGCACCCAGAGGUGAAUCGUUUUCAGUGGAACAGAAAGCUGAACUUUCCGCACUCCGCUCAUGCUGUUCAGUUGUCUUCCUUGCUGGCUGAGUUUUUUGUCAAUGAAGGAAGGAGAAGUUUACAUCAGUUUGACAAUCCUGAGGAAGAGGCCUCGUCACUGAUUUACAACAAUACUCCUGUCUAUGCUGGAAACAUCACAGGAUAUGAGCAGCUCUAUUUCUUCUGAAAUCCUCUAGUGUCUCUGUCUGUGUGUCACUCUGCAUGUACAACACAUGUACACUUACAGUCUUAGUACAGCAAAACACUUUAUAGUCUACAGUGGUUUU